AUGUCUACUUCUGGCAACCUCACGCUCUCCACGUCCGCUCAGAUCUGCGGUAUCUACAACGGUACCGACAUCCUUUCCUGGCGUACCCGCAUGGAAAACCAUAUCCGGGCCUCAGGGGCCGGAUGGGCUCUGCGCAACACCCGCGCAGAGAUGAAGACGUUGACUUCGGACUUCAAGGAGGUCAACCAAUGGGAGACUCACAACGACACGGCGGUCGGCAAAAUUCUCGAGGCGCUCAGCCACGAUCAACGCGAGAUUGUUAAGGGCUUGGACGAGGCGCGUGCGAUCCUCGACAAGCUCGCCGGCAGCGCGCAAGCGCGCGGUAUCAGUACCGCGAUCAACGAGCUCAAGGUAGCCCUCAACACCCAGAUCCCUGCCGACACCGACCCCAACCCGGCCAUGGCCAAGAUCGUCGCCUCCCUGGACCGAUACACCUCCCUUGGCGGGAAGGUGCCUGGCGAGUUCGCCGGCGCCAUCCUGUUCUCGAAGAUCCCCAGCGGCUACGAAGCCGCUAAGCACGCCAUCAACGCCACUCAGUACAAGAGUUCGACGGCGCAAGUUACUGCCGGCGCUGGGCCUACCGUGCCCAUUUCUCUUGGUACUCUGACGAAGGAGCUCGUCAUGAUGCACAUCCGUAGUGACUGGGAGUUACGCUCCGCAUCGCAGAAGAAGAAGAAGUCGCCUCAGGUGAAGGAGGAGCAGGCCAACAAGGCUAGCUCCGGUACGAAGCAGUACAACGGCCAGUCGUCAUCUGACGGCAAGAAGAAGCGUCCUUCUAAGAAGGAGCGCAAGGAGCAUCAGGCGCAGCAGCAACAGCAGCAGCAACAGAAGCCGGCGGCCGCUAACGCGGCUUCGUCGUCGGCUCCUGCCAGCGCGUCGCCAUCUCCGACGGCGCAGAGUGCCGCACCCGCCGCUGCUAACUACUCGGCGACAUUUACUACGCCGGCUCCCAUCUACCACGUCGCGCACGUCGCUUCCGGGCCGUCUGGCCCCUCAUACUCUCCACCGGUGUAUUCCGCACCUACCCCCGAUCCGCGCAAGCGGUCCCACCAACCCGCGACGGCCUUCCAAGGCCGUAGCAGCACUCCGGCGCCCCCUCACGGAACCGCAGGCGCACUCAAGCGCCAGCGGGACCAGGGCAUUGCGCCCACUUUUGAGGGAACGCGCGCCGAGUUGCCCGCGUUCGCGGGGGAGACGCCGCUUAUUCAGCGGCUCUCCAUGGGCCCCUCAGCGUCCCCGCCUCUGUCGGCUCGCAUCGAGCCGGUAGAGGAGCCUUCUCGUAAGCCGUCGGUUACCCCUCCGCGCGCUUCCGACUUUGACCAAUAUGUGUCUGGGUUAGGUCCUACCAAGCGCACCAAGUUCUCUGACUACAAGAAACGUCAGAAGCUUGGUGACCGCCUCGCCGGCGGAGGUGCUUAUGUCGACGACUCUGCCACCGGCCACAAGGGCUGGCUGAACGCAGAGGCGUACGCAGAGUACCAGCAACAGAAGGAGGACCUUCGCCGUACCAUGGCGCCCACUCCAGUCCAAGUCGCCGAGUACGGCUAUGAGGACGACAUCGAGGAGUUCGAGGGUAUGUCGCUCAAGGAACCGUCCGAACAGGGCGGAGAACGGGCGGUGUCACUCGAUUGCGAGUCGGUCUGGUGCGCAACCAGUUUUAUCGAUGCCGCUGACAAUGUAUCUGGUGCUAAUUCCUUUACAGGUGAACCAUAUGUAGUCGGUAGUAAUUCUUCGCAUGUAUCUGCAGACGUAAUGAAUGGACAAUGCGUACAUUCAAGUUCUCAGUGGUGUGAUAUUUGCAUCGAUAAAGCAUUGGUCGUACGCGACACUGACCGUGAGAAAUCUCUUCAUGACAAGCUGCAUGCACGCUAUCCUAUUGGAUGGGUGCUUGACUCAGGUGCAUCCACGCACUUCACGUUCGAACUCUCGGAUUUCUCCGAGUAUGAGGAACUACCAGAGGAAGAGAAGUUUACCGUCUCAACAUCGUCCGGAUCUAUCCGGUGUGAGGGCUCAGGGACAGUUGUCCUUCGCCACGAGAAUACGCGAGGGAAACCUUGCACGACCCGAAUCUACCCCGUUUUUUACCUUCCCGGCGGAACCGUUCGUAUGCUUUCGACGGGUCAAUUCUGCCGCAACGGGAACAUUCUGCACGGAGAUGCCGACAAGUUGGUAGUGCUCACUGCCGACAAGUCGAAGGAAGUGAUCUGCACCAGGCUCAUGUGA